UUUGGCUGAGUAAGAUGGUUGCCAUAUACAUUUCCUUUUCCUAUUUUGUGCAAAAUUGACCGUUGUAAUUAAACGCUUUCUCUACCUAUAUUCAUUGUUGUCAAAUAAAUGUUUCAUGAGUUAAUGAAAGUUUAAUUUUGAUAAUGUUUGCCGAGGAAGAAACAGAAUUGCGAGAUUUAAUAAUACAAAAUUUAGAAAGUUGUGGUUUUCUGAAUAAAAUUAAAGCUGAAUUGCGCGCUGGUGUUUUUUUGGCAUUAGAAGAAGACGGUAAUUUAAGAACAAAAGUUCCUCUUUUUAACAAGAAAUUUGAUGAUUUUAUUGAAACGUCUGAUGGAAAGAUAAUUGUUUCCAUCGUACGUGAAUUUUUAGAGUAUUUCAAUCUCAAUUUUACAUUAUCGGUGUUUGAUCCUGAAAUAGCUUCUUCUUCUUCGCCUUGCUAUAAUCGCUCAGAUCUUUGUGAUAAACUAAAACUCGAAAACACAAAAUUCGACGGCCCAGUUAUUUUAGCCUUAUUAAAAACGACUAAUGGUAAACAGUCUGAAAAAGGUAAAAUUCCAAAUUUAAGUCCUGAUUUUUUUGAAAAGCAUGCCAUUGCAUCAUCAGAUUCGGUAAAAUCAAAUUUAGUUAAUGACAUUUUAUCCAAAGAAAAGGAUAAAUCUGACACUUUUCUUUCAAGAGAAAUAUCUGCUGUUACUAAUGAUGUGGCAAAUGAAUUAGCUGAUGACAGUGAAAUGUGUAUGAAAGACAAAGGAAAUAAAAAGCCAUUUAUAGGAGAGAUAUAUGCAAAAGAUUUAUUUGAAACGAAAUCCGCUACAAAAAAAGAUUUGCUUGAUACUACUUUUGAUAAGCCUAAUGCUGAAGAAAAAUCUAGUAUAAAUACUUUUUUUAAAGAUACAACAACUAUUUCAAGUCUUGAUCACGAUCCUUUUUUUGAUGAACCGCUUCCUGCAGAAAAAUCUCCAUACUUUAGCAUUCCAACUGAAAAAGGACUCGGCUCAUUUGAUUUUAAAGAUGGAAUUGGAAAAAAAGAUCCUGCAAAUGUAAAAAAUGAGUCUUUAGUUUCAGAAAAAGGAAGCUUGUCAUGUCUAAAGGAUCUUCCAUCUUUAACAUCGAAAAGUACUAAUUGGACUUUUAACAAUGAAUCAAAAAGUGCACUCCCGAGUUUAGAAUCAGUGAAAUCUGGUUCAGAACAUUCUAAUGAAGAAAUCAACCUUAAUGCAAGAGUUAGUUCCAAUGUAAAAAAUACUGACAACACUGAAUCAAAUGAAGAUUUGAGUGAUAAUAAACUCAAUUCUGAAGAAAGCAUUGAGGAAGAACUUGAAGAAGAUUUUUCAGCAGGAAUUGAUGAUCUUUUGAAUAGUAGUUUAUCAUUAGGUGAUGAUGCUACAACUGAUCAUACUAUUUCGCAAGCAAGUAUAAUUGAAGGAGUAGAUCACGUCGAAACAUGUAACUCUACUAAAUAAAUAUAUAUAUUUUUUUCAUACCAGUUUU